AUGGACUAUUUCCUAUUGCUACCAGAAGGUUGUGUUUGUGAUAUUCUCUCCUUUACUUCCCCGAAAGACGUCGUGAUUUCAUCCGCGAUCUCUCGGGGAUUCAACUCUGCUGCUGAAUCUGACUUUAUUUGGGUAAAGUUUUUACCAGAUGAUUAUGAAGAUAUUAUCUCGAGAUAUGUCUCCCCGCGGAUUUAUCCGUCUAAAAAGGAGCUUUACUUUAGUCUAUGUGACUUCCCUGUUCUAAUGGAUGGAGGCAAAUUGAGCUUUUCACUUGAUAAGAAAACAGGCAAGAAAUGUUUUAUGAUAUCAGCUAGAGAACUUGCUAUUUCAUGGGGAGUUGAUACACCAUGGUAUUGGGAAUGGAUUUCUCAUCCAGACUCCAGAUUUUCGGAAGUGGCACAUCUCAAGGGUGUAAGUUGGCAAGACAUACGAGGUACUAUUGGAACACAAAUAUUGUCGAAAAGAACCAAGUAUGUUGUUUAUUUGGUGUUCAAAUUGGCAAAGGAUCAUGAUGGACUAGAAAUUGCUAAUGCAUUUGUUAGAUUUGUGAAUCGUGUGAGCGAUAAAGAGGCCGAGGAACGAGCUAGUGUCGUGAGUCUAGUCGGAAAAAGGGUUAGGAGACGCAAACGUAACGUGAAACGUCCACGAAAAAGAGUCGAUGGAUGGAUGGAAAUAGAAUUGGGAAAUUUUAUCAAUGAUACAGGAGAUGAUGGAGAUGUUGAAGCGCGAUUGAUGGAGAUUACGCGGCUUCAUGGAAAAGGUGGCCUUAUUGUUCAAGGAAUUGAAUUUAGACCAGAAUGAAGAAGAAAAUGCACAAUACUAUAAUA